AUGGUCUUGCGCUAUCGCGCUGAAGAUGACAACGAGAUCACGCCACCCAAGCCCAGGAAUUUGCCGCCGCUGCAAACGGAGGACGGGGGUAGCGAGAGUUGUCGCAGCGACAGAGUCGGGCUGGAGAGCCAUGAGAGCGAGGAGAGCGAGAAGAAGCUGCAGGGCGAGCAGUGUGUACCGAAGGAUUCGGGCGAGCAGGAGUUCCUCCCGCUGGACCUCCACAGUUUAAAAAGGCCGCAGCCACCGGCCGCGCCGCGGCCGGAGAAUGCUAGGCCCAAGAAAGCAGAAGUCAAGGUCCAGGACGUCAAGGCGACCCGACGGCAGAGCUCGGAGACCGACAAAGACGGUUGGAAGUUGGAAGCACUAUGA